UCGAACAACAUCACGGCGAUGCAUAUUUCUAUGGCCAAUCUCAGACGGGGACCCACCUCUCUCCCCGUUCUUCUCUGCGACACCAACGCAGCUGACUGACGCCAAGACUCGCUUCCCGCUGCUGCCGAACGUUCUAGGCACCCUCCCCUCCUCGCACUGCGCGUAUAUGUCGGCAGCCUCGUCCUCAUCAAGACGCGUGCCUCACUCAUUCCCGCCCAUGAAGAACCAUCUCUGUCCUCUCUGCCAGCGCGCGUUCAGCACCACCGGGCAUCUCACACGGCAUGUAAAGAUCCACACGGGGGAAAAGAACCAUCUGUGCCCCUUCCCUGGGUGCACGACACGGUGUUCGAGGCAAGAUAACCUGCAGCAACACUUAUGCAUUGUCCUCGUCCUGCAGCUAUCGCAUCCAUCUCUCUGGCACCACCCGCCGCAAGUCGGGGCGUAUGGUGAUUCGAUCGCAGCCGCCCCCGCUCAUCGACGAACCCCAGCAGCGUCGCCUCCGCCCAUGCCCUCCUUCGUCCCGUCUUCCGCCUCGUGCUCGUACCCGUCGUCCUCGUACCAGUCCUCUUCGUCCUCCUCCCGCGGCCAGUCGCCCCUGCCUACACCGCCGCCCCUCGAGGACUCCCGGCACUACUACCUCGGGCGCGCGCGCUCCGACGGCGGCCUGUCGCCCUGCUUCGAGGACGGGCCCGCGGACACCAACAGCAGCAGCAGCAGCAGCGGUGGCGGCAGCCGGCGCAACUCGUACAUCGACGUCGGCAUCGCCGUGCCCGGCGGCGGCGGGUACAUCGAGCCUGACGAGAUGCCCGCACCGCUGGUGGACAGCUACCCGGCGCCGCGGAUCGAGGACUACAGCAAGGAGCUGGAGGAGCAGCGGAUCGUGCGGGCGAAGCACCGCGAUCUGCAGCGACGAUUUGGGGCGGGGCCGUAUUCUGUCAAGGUGCCGAUGUCGCUGACCAGGCAUCGAUCUCUGCCUGCGCUCGAUAUCGCCAUGGAUGAAACGGGGUCCGCAUUGGCGGCUCACUCCGCGCUGGUCGUCCAAUCCUCGUCUCCCCCCUAUCAUCCGUUGUCAAUGGGAUCUGAGUUCUCGUCCCCCGUCAGCAGGAGUGCAAGGAACGGGCGGACGCUGCUGCAGAGCCGCUCGAUGGACCAUCUCGGCGUCACCUGCACUUCCAGCUCGCCCUAUGACGCGUCGCACCUCGCUGCUUAUGCAUAUGGCUACAAUGCAGCCGAGAUGGACGAGGAGGGCUAUGACUCUGAGUGCAGCUCGUCCCAGAGCCCGUCCGUGCCGUUCCCCGCCGACUACCCCAGCUACGAGGCACCCCACGAGAUCCACUGCCAGCCGGCUAUGGACGUCUCGCGGGAUCUCCUCCAGCAGCAUGUCUCGGACUUCCCGUCACGGUCUUCGGUCGAAUCUCAGCAAUCCCUGUACUCUUGCGACGGCAACUUUGUGACCUACCCCUCCCACUUUGGCUACUACGAGGGGCAGUACAUGGACCACUACAGUGGGGUCCCAGCCGGCGCGUCGCCUGAGGGAUACUCUCUAGCUGCUGGCCCUCUUGAAACGCCAGUUCUCCAUCAGCCUCAGCCCCAAGCUCCGGUGGAGUACUUCGCCGCUUACGUCCAGAGCCCCUGGGUCAUGGCCAACCAAUAG